AUGUUUGUGCCUUGAGUAGAAAAUAAGAAUUUGGAACUGCACUUCUGGAUAACUUCCUAGUUGUUGUCAUGUUUGAAGUUAAUGGAAAAACGAAUCGCUUAUUAACGAAACAUGACGACAAUAAUACCAGAAAUCUCUUAAAGGCAAGCUGAGAUGAGAGAAACGGAAACUCUGGCUAACGUAUUCCAGUUUAAAGACGAGAAAACUAGCUAAUUUAGCUCCUAGUGAAGCCUGCUAAUCAGGUUUCCCCUGCUUGGUUGGUGAUGGAGAGGCUAAUAACCAAGCUUACAGAAAAACAUGUCCUUUUCACGGCUUCAUUCGCUAUACGACUGACCUUGGUCGCUUAUGGAGACUACCAGGAUAGGACUAUGGUGGUGAAGUACACUGACAUUGACUACCAUGUGUUCACAGAUGCUGCAAGAUUCAUUACUGAGGGGCAGUCCCCGUACAACAGAUCAACCUACCGCUACACCCCUCUCCUAGCCUGGCUGCUCACCCCUAACAUCUAUCUCAGCAUGGUGUUUGGCAAGAUCCUCUUCAUUGUGUGUGAUGUGCUGUCAGGACUACUCAUCUAUAGAAUCCUUCGCCUGAGAGGUCUGGGCUCAGAGACUGCACGUCGUGUUUGUUCUCUGUGGCUCCUUAACCCGCUUCCAAUGGGAGUAUCCAGCCGUGGGAAUGCUGAGUCAAUCCUGGCAGCCCUUGUGCUGGUGACAUUACUUUGUAUUGAAGCCAGGCAUCUGAUAUGGGCAGCCAUAUUCUAUGGUCUGUCAGUUCAUAUGAAGAUCUAUCCUGUUACAUAUGCUCUGCCCAUCGCUCUAACCCUGCGCACGUUUGAGACCAGAUCCGAGGAGAACUAUAAGAGGUGGAGGUGGAGGAGGUUCAUUGGAUUUAUGGGAAGCUUUCUCAACCGAGAGCUGUUCCUCUUUGCAAGUGUGGCCGGAGGAGUUUUCUUUAUGCUCACAGCCCUCUUCUAUUAUAUGUAUGGAUGGGAGUUCCUUCAUGAGACCUACUUGUACCAUCUGACCAGAAGGGACAUCAGACACAACUUCUCUCCAUACUUCUAUAUGCUCUACCUCACCACAGACAGCAGGUGGAGCCAGUGGCUCGGCCUGCUAGCUUUCUUGCCACAGCUCAUCCUGCUGUUGGUGGCAUCAUGGGCCUUUUACUCUGACCUGGCCUUCUGCUGUUUCCUGCACACCGCAAUCUUUGUCUCUUUCAACAAAGUCUGCACUUCACAGUACUUCCUGUGGUAUUUGUGUCUACUCCCUCUGGUCAUCCCACACCUGAGUCUGUCACUAAAACAGGGAGUGGGACUGCUGCUCCUCUGGUUUGUUGGACAGGGUAUCUGGUUGGGCCCAGCCUACUUCCUGGAGUUUGAAGGCUACAACACCUUCCUGUUGAUCUGGCUUGCUGGAUUGCUCUUUUUGAUCAUCAACUCCUCCAUCUUGAUUCAGAUCGUAGCCCAUUACAAACCAACACAAACUUCACAGAGACUGAAGGUUGAAUGACAUUCCAGUAUGUUUAACUUAAGAUGAUGGACUAUGGAUAUAUGUUAAAAAAUAAAGUGUUUAUUUUGUUAA